AUGACGCAACGACCGACGCGGCGACAUGUUACGCUGCCGCCGUCGCCCGAGGAGGAGCAGCGCCGGCCGCUGCUCCGCCGAAUGUACACUGACCACGGCGACGAUGAUGGUCUCUACAGCUGCGUCACCAACCCGCACAGCCACCUGCCCGUGUACACGACGAUUCACCGUAUAAGGCGCGACAUUACCAGCGUCGUCGAAGACUACCUGAGUCUGGAGCAGCUGCGCGAUGUGCGCAUCAACAUUACCGUCGUGCGGCCGCUCGUCGACAAGUUUUACGAGCUGGACGAUCUCUCGAUCGUGUACUGCCUGCUGGUGAACCGCGCCCAGUUCCUCGACGAGGAGUCGUACUCGAGCAAUCGCCAAAAUGUCAAUUGGACGCGCGCCACGCUUUGCGAAAUUAUCGCCACACGCAUCCUGCGACGCUUUGGCGAGGACCACGACGGCAGCGAGGGACUGCUGUUUCUCGCGCACGUCCUCGUUGCCGGCUUCGACCCGUACCAGAACGCGCCGGCGGCGACGCGCGCCGCGGCCGAGCGGCGCAUAUGGCGCGGCUAUCACCGCACGCUGCCCUCGCUCGAGGUGGCCAUUCUGACGGAGAGCAAGCACUUUCUCAGCUCGACGACGUGCCAAAAGGUCGUUGCCGCCAUCUACGACGGCCGCAUCAUCUACACGCCCUCGACCCAGUGGGACAUAAUCCCCGACCAUUACAAGCGCAAGCCAAUCUCGCUCUACGACCCGCGCGGCUCACCGCUGCUGAACCAGUACCGUUUGAUUGUACCCCGCACGAGGACCAUUCUCGAGUCGAUUCAGUUUGCCAUUCUGCUGUCCCUCUACACGGCGCUCAUGGUGAUGCGCGAAAAGGACAAGCUGACCGUGACCGAGUGCCUCUUUGCCGUGUAUGCCUUUGGAUGGGGGCUAGAUCAGUUUGCGACGCUGAUUGCCCACGGAUGGAACGUGUACACGCAGAAUCUCUGGUCGUUUUUGGACGUUGGCUUCGUCUUCAUCUACAGCGUAUACCUCAUCCUGCGGGUGCACAGCUUCCGCACUGGACUUCCGGGCCCGGGCGAGCAGUCGUUUGAUGUUCUCGCUCUCGCUGCGCCAUUGCUGGUGCCCCGGCUGGCCUUUACCCUGCUCUCGGACAAUCUCGUCUUCCUGUCUUUGCGUUCCAUGAUGGCAGAUUUCUUUCUUCUCACAGCGCUCUCGGCCUGGUGCUUUUUUGGAUUCUUGCUGUCGCUGCUGUGGCUCGGAGAGGGUGCGCAUCCCUGGCUCACCAUUUCCAAAUGGAUGAUUUUCAUCUGGUUCGGCCUCGACGGAACCGGUAUUCAGAGGUCGGCCGAGUUUCACUGGUUGCUGGGGCCGAGCCUUAUGGUGGCUUUUGCCUUUCUCGGCAACACGCUGUUCCUGACGAUUCUCGUCUCGAUGCUCUCCAACACGUUUAGCAUCAUCUCGGCCAACGCCACCGCCGAGAUACAGUUUCGACGAGCAGUGCUCACUCUUGAGGGCGUUAAGGCGGAUGCCAUCUUUGCCUACCAACCGCCGUUCAAUAUCUUGGCCGUCUUCAUCUUUCUCCCGCUCAAAUUCAUUGUGAGCCCGCGCUGGUUCCACAAGAUCCACGUGGCCGCCGUGCGUCUCGUCAAUCUGCCACUCCUCCUCAUCAUCGCCGUCGCCGAGCGCCGCGUCACCUGGGACCACCACGACUACAAGUACAAUCCGGGCGGCGAUGAGACGGCCAAGGGGCACGGUAAGUGGUUCUGGCAAAAGUGGCAGCUGUCCGCCGGCCGCUACAUCCGGUCCGUCUUUGACGAGCCGCCGCCUGACGAUGUGCGCGACGACAUUACCGUCGAUGACCCCAUGACGCGCCACCUCAUCCGGCGGCAGUUUACGCGCCAAAACACGACGGGCAGCAUCGAGGUGCGGAAGCCGUCGCGUAGGGACUCGACGUUUCCGGGGAUCCGCAGGAAGCUGCGCGGCUCCUUCUCGGCGGCCGAACAGGAGUCGGAGAGCCUCGAGGACCGCCUGCGGGCCAUGGAAAAGGCCGUGUCGCGCGUGGAGACGAUGCUCGCUAGGCUGGUGCCGGAUACGCAGGUUGGCGACGACGAGGCGGAAGAGGGAGGGCAGGAGGAGCGCGAGCUGGAGCAGGAGCAGGAACAGGAGCAAGAGCAGGAGCAGGAGGCUGAGGAUGGGGCUCUGGAUGAGUCUGCAAUUGAUGCCACAUCGGAGGAGAGCUUUGCGGCCUCGAGCAAGGAUGGAGACGGAUUCGCGUUGGAGAACACCUUUAGACGCUGA